AUGGGCACUGAUAGGCAGCACUGAUGGACAGUGAUAGGCGACACUGAUAGGCAGCACUGAUGGGCACUGAUGAGUUGGCACUGAUCCAGGGGCGGACUGACAACUCAUGGGACCCCCCGGGCAAUAGGGGAUCAUGGGGCCCCUGUGUCCUUGCCCAAACUCAAAAAAGCCUAUGAAAAAGGUACCAGGGGCAUCUCAUGGGGCCCCUACUGACCCCGGGCAAUCGGGCAGUGCCCAAGUUUCCAAAUGUUCAGUCCGUCCUUGUUCACAU